CUUCCAUCUCUUAAAAACUCCCAUCUCUCAGCACACCACCCUCAGAGGGAACUCUUCUGCCGGAGCGACAGUGCUAAAGAGCACAAAUCAAGGAAACAAUGACAAAGAAGGUGGCAGUGAUUGGAGCAGGAGUCAGUGGUCUGAUCUCCCUGAAGUGCUGUGUGGAUGAGGGUCUGGAGCCCACUUGCUUCGAAAGGACUGAAGAUAUUGGAGGGCUGUGGAGAUUCAAAGAAAACGUGGAAGAUGGCCGAGCAAGCAUCUAUCACUCUGUCAUCACCAACACCAGCAAAGAGAUGUCCUGCUUCAGUGACUUCCCAAUGCCCGAGGACUUCCCCAACUUCCUGCACAACUCUAAACUCCUGGAAUACUUCAGGAUUUUUGCCAAGAAGUUUGACCUUCUAAAAUAUAUUCAGUUUCAGACAACCGUCAUUAGUGUGAAAAAACACCCAAAUUUCGCAACUUCUGGGCAAUGGGAAGUUUCUGUUCAGAGCAACGGCAAGGAGCAACGUGCUGUCUUUGACGCGGUUAUGGUUUGCAGCGGCCAUCACAUCCAACCUCACCUGCCACUGCAGUCUUUUCCAGGUAUCGAGAAGUUCAAAGGCCAGUAUUUCCAUAGCCGCCAAUACAAGCACCCUGCUGGGUUUGAGGGGAAACGCAUCCUGGUGGUUGGAAUAGGAAACUCAGCCACAGAUAUUGCCUCUGAACUGAGCAAGAAGGCCUCACAGGUGUUUAUCAGCACCAGACAUGGUGCCUGGGUCAUGAGCCGAAUCUCUGAAGAUGGCUACCCUUGGGACAUGGUGUUCCACACUAGAUUUAGCUCCAUGCUCCGAAAUGUCCUGCCUCGCACCGUCGUCAAGUGGAUGAUGGAACAGCAAAUGAAUCGAUGGUUCAAUCAUGAAAAUUAUGGUCUGGUGCCUCAAAACAAAUACCUUAUGAAAGAGCCUGUAUUAAACGACGAUCUCCCCAGUCGCCUGCUGUACGGAGCCGUGAAGGUGAAAACCAGAGUGAAGGAGCUCACAGAGACGGCCGCGGUGUUUGAGGACGGCACGGUGGAGGAGGACAUUGAUGUCAUUGUCUUUGCCACGGGCUAUACUUUCUCUUUCCCUUUCCUGGAAGAGUCGCUGGUGAAAGUGGAGGCUAAUAGGGUCUCGCUGUACAAAUCCAUGUUCCCCCCUCAGCUGGAGAAGCCAACCCUGGCAUGCAUGGGUCUCAUCCAGCCUCUGGGAUCCAUCUUCCCGACUGUGGAGCUUCAGGCGCGCUGGGCGACGAGAGUUUUCAAAGGUUUGUGCAGCUUGCCCUCGGAGACAGCUAUGAAGAAGGACAUUGUUGAAAGGAAUGAAAAAAGAAUUGACCUGUUUGGAAAAAGCCAGAGCCAGAUCCUGCAGACCAACUACAUUGACUACCUGGAUGAACUCGCCUUGGAGAUAGGUGCGAAGCCAGACUUCAUCUCCCUCUUUUUCAAAGACCCUAAACUGGCUGUGAAACUCUACUUUGGGCCCUGCAAUUCCUACCAGUACCGCCUAGUUGGACCUGGGCAGUGGGAAGGAGCCAGGAAUGCCAUCCUCACCCAGAAGCAGAGGAUCCUGAAGCCCUUAAAGACCCGCACUCUGAAGCCUUCAUCCAACAUCCCAGCAUCUUUCCUGCUCAAAAUCCUGGGGCUUUUUGCUGUUGUUCUGGCCUUCUUUUUCCAACUUCAGUGGUUCUAAUCUGACAGCAUGACACUUUUGUCCACCUGUGCCUCUCAUUCACCAGUGUCUCUUUGGAAAAAAAGACUAAAGAAAUCACAUCUAUAUUAUAAUUUACAUUUCAGUCACUGUUCUUCUACAAGUAGGAGAACCAAUUGUAGGGAGAUUUGAAGAAUUAAGUCUAGAUAUAAAACUAAAAUUACAGUCAUAGAAUAUCUUUAUCAUUCUACUCUUUCCUCAAAUACAUCAGUCUUCAAACAGUAUUAUAUAAUAACACCAACACAGGUAGAUAGUGCUUCCAGCCACGCAGGUUUUGAGUUAUAUAAAAAAAAAAACAAUAAAAUGAUGCAGAAUAAAAAGCAAGUCAUAGCUAGGCAUGCUGGCUCAUGCCUUUAAUCCUGGCACUUGGGAGGCAGAAGCAGACAGAUCUCUGUGAAUCUGAAGCCAACAUGGUCUACAUGGCAAGUUCCAGGACAGCCAAGACUAUGUAGAGAGACCUUGUCUCAAAAAGAAAAAAAAGCAGCAAGUCACAUAGAUUAGAUUACUGAACAAUUUAAACUGUGGUAGACAUUUCAAAUCCCAUACACUGAGCUCCAUGCUGUUACUAUGCAUGCUUUGGUCAUAGUUCCCAAGUAUUAGGGUCUGUUGUUUUGAUGAGGGAUCACUAAGAAAUACUGGUGGACAAAAAUGAGAUGGUGACCAAAAGCAACUACUUUAAAUGAUGCACAGAGCAAGCUAAGCAAAUCGACACAGUUCCUGUUUAUUGACAGAAACCCUGAUGCAAAAGUGAAAGUAAUAUACCCUAACUACAACAUAUAGAUAGAUAUUGUAUCUCACAGGUUAGACAUUGUGCUAUGUGUACAUCAUAUAUAUUACUUUAUUUGAUUCUCAUAGCAACUAUGGGAGGGGUAGAGCUAUCAUACUCAUUUGAUAGAUGAUGCUGAGGGACAGACAGUUACUGAGCAUGCCCUUAACCACUGGUUUUGACAUGAAGUUUCAACUGGAGCCCAGUUUGUUGAACUUUGGAACUAAAGGUCAUAACCUCACCAUGCCAUAUGCUCAUUUAUUAAAACCUCCACUCUUGAAAAAGUA